AUGGAGACGCCCCUCCCUUUCGGAUGGAAACCUCUCAACAUCGACCGUUAUGACGACACUGCUGACCCGGAUGAGCACAUUGACCUAUACGUCACACAGUAUGCAACGAGCCAACCUUAUCACGUUACAUCCGCCACUCUAGCCAGUCUCAGACAGAGUGACGACGAAUUGUUGAGGACGUUCAUGGAGUGCUUUGCCAGCAUCUCGGUUAAGAUUGAAAAUUUGAAUCCUGAGGUUGCCCUACAUGCCAUGCUCAUGGCACUCAAGCCAGGACCGUUCAUCGACAACCUAUGUCGGCGACCUCCUGUUGACAUGGACGAACUCCGUGCCCUAGCUGCAGGGUACGCCCAGAUGGAAGAACACUCUGCCUUUCGUGACCAGGUUCGCGAAAAAUCACAGGUCAAGUCGGAUCACGGUCACAAAGACAAGAUGAAGGUCACCAAUGAUAGUCAGUUUAAGAAGGCUGCUCGGACAAAUAAAGGGGGGAGGUACGAAUUCUACACCCCCCCUGAAUGCUCCUCAAGUACACAUCCUGGAGGAAGCCAACAACAGUAA